AUGUCAACCUCUUUCCUGUCUUUUCUACAAAAACCCCAUGUGGUUUUGUAUGAGGAUAGGAGACUGCUUCCAAUAUGGACUCCCCAGACGAAGGAUCUGUGGCUAGACAUACUUCUAAGCCUUUCAAGUGUCAGGUUGGUGAUCAUGUUGAUCUUGGGGAUGAUUUUUCUCCCAAGCAUAUACGGUGACGUGUCAUCGGUACAUUACUCUUCUUAUGAAAUAGUCAUCCCAAAGAGUCUGACCGUUAGGGAAAAUGAAGAUCCAGUGGAAAAGGCAUCCUAUAUGUUGUUUCUGCACGGCCAGAAGCACCUGGUUCACCUGCAGUUGAAGAGAGACUAUUUUGUGAGUUACUUUCCAGUCUACAUUUACCACAAUGGCAUCCUGGGGCAAGAUGUUCCCUUGAUCUCACGUGACUGUCACUAUGAAGGCUACAUAGAAGGAGUGCCAGGUUCGUUUGUGUCUGUCAACACUUGUGCAGGCCUCAGGGGCAUCCUGAGUAAGGAGGGAAUCUCCUAUGGCAUCGAGCCCAUGGACUCCUCCAAACAGUUUGAACAUGUGGUAUACACCACAGCACAUGAGGCGCGAGCCUCCUGUAGUGUCGCUUCCAGAGACAGGCAAGUGGUGUCCACCAGCUGGCAACAAGGGCACAGGAAGCCUCAUAAUCGGCAGGCGCCGUCCUCCUUGUGGGCACACACCAAGUACGUGGAGAUGCUCGUGGUGGUCAACCACCAGCAGUUCCAGACAUGGGGCAGUACCGUCAACGGGACAGUCCAGAGAGUAGUGGACAUCAUUGCUCUGGCCAACAGCUUUACCAGGGGAAUCAACACAGAGGUGGUGUUGGCGGGAAUGGAGAUCUGGACCGAGCAGGACCUGAUAGAGGUCCCAGUGGACUUGCAAGUUACACUCAAGAAUUUCAACAGCUGGAGACAAGAGAAGCUCCUCCACCGUGUGAAGCAUGAUGUUGCCCACUUGAUCGUUGGGCGUCAUCCUGGACAGAGUAUGGGCCAGGCGUUUCUCGGCGGUGCCUGCUCAAGCGGUUUUGCGACAGCUGUCGAAUCCUUCCAUCAGGAAGAUGUCCUCCUAUCAGCAGCGCUCAUGGUCCAUGAGCUCGGGCACAACCUGGGGAUUCAGCACGACCACUCGGCCUGCUUCUGUAAAGAUAAGCCCUUUUGCCUCAUGCACGAAAAUUUCACUAAAGAGAGCGGCUUCAGCAACUGCAGCUCUCACUACUUCCACCGGUUCCUUCAGGAACACAAGGGGGCCUGCCUGUUUAACAAGCCGGGGCACAAAGGCCGCAAGCGAAGGGAGGAUUCCCGCUGCGGAAACGGUGUGGUGGAGGACGCGGAGCAGUGCGACUGUGGUUCUGCCUGUCAUGCAGACCAAUGCUGUGACAGUAACUGUAAACUAAAGGCAAGUGCACAGUGUGGGGAAGGACCCUGCUGUUUUAUGUGUAAAUUUAAACUUCAGGGAGAUACCUGCCGUUCAUCUACAACUUCAUGUGACCUCCCUGAAUAUUGUAAUGGGAAAUCUGCAGAAUGCCCUGAAGACAGGUAUAAACAAGAUGGCACUGUAUGUGACAGAAAAUACUAUUGUGAGGAAGGUCGCUGCAUUAACCCUACUGAACAGUGCUCAAUAUUAUUUGGGUUUGAAGCAUAUUCUGCGUCAGAAGAGUGUUACAGUACAUUUAACAGUAAAGGUGACCGAUUUGGAAACUGUGGCCUUCCUACUGCAGAUCAGCCAAAUUAUGUUCAGUGUUCAGCAGGUAAUACAUUGUGUGGAAAGGUUGUAUGUACAGGUCUUUCUAAGUUACCACCAAUCAAACUCAACCACACAGUGAUACAGGUUCCUGUUAGAGAUGACUUUUGCUGGAGCAUGGGCCUCUAUAAUGAUAGCAACAUCCCUGAUAAAGGAAAUAUACUCAGUGGCACUUACUGUGCACCAGACAAAAUCUGCAUGGAAUCUUCCUGCAUAGAUCAUGCCUGGACCAAUCUUUCCUGCAACCCUGAGGAACUAUGUAAUCUGAGAGGAGUUUGUAAUGAUUUAGGGCACUGCCACUGUAGUGAUGGGUAUGCUCCCCCUGACUGCAAACAUGUAGGACCUGGGGGCAGUGUGGACAGUGGCCCUGCGGCUAAGCCAGAUUUUCUAGAAGUACCAGGGACUCCAGAAGUAUCAGCAGAACUAGAGACUCUAGCAGUAACAGGAGAAACAGGGACUCCAGGAAUACCAGGGACUCCAGGAAUACCAGGGCCUCCAGGAAUACCAGGGCCUCCAGGAGUACCAGGGCCUCCAGGAGUACCAGGGCCUCCAGGAGUACCAGGGACUCCAGGAAUACCAGGGACUCCAGGAAUACCAUGGACUCCAGAAAUACCAGAAGAACCAGAGCCUCCAGGAGCAGCACCAGGACAACCAGAAGCUCCAGGAGAACCAGGAGAUGAGGAACAAGUAGGCGUUGUGGCAGACAUAAUAAUAUCACUCAUUAUGCUACUAGCCAUAAUAGCAAUAUGUACAAUCAUUUACUUCGCCUGCCAGUACAAAACAUCACCAGAAGUUCCACCGUCAGCCCCAGAAGAGGCUGCAGAAGCAACAACCCCAAACUGCCUGCGGAACUUUCCUCCUAGCAUGGAGCUAAACACCGUUCCAUUCUCUGGACUCAGUAAGAGUGAAAAAAAAAUUAAAAACAAUGUACCGAAAACCCGUAUCAUAUCAUCAUAA